UGCAUGUCACUCAAUUCACUCAUGUCAUAUGCGAAAGUGCAAUGAAAUCAUAAAGCAUAGUAUAUUUUGUGAUUUGCUUGUCAUUACGUCCAAAAAUCUGCUCAAUCGAUACUUCGUCUACCGACUGGUUGUUUUAAAUUAAAAUAAUUUAUAAUGGUGCCGGAGUCGGGUCCCCUCGUGACAACAUCGAAGCGGCGCGUGGUGUACCGGCGGAGCACCUGGGCCGUGCACGAGUUCGAGGUGUGGAGCGGCGAGCUGGUGUGCCGCGUGGCCGCGCUGCGCAUGAAGGGCUCCAUGCUGCUGUGGCUCGGUGGCACUAGCCCGGAACUGGGAGAGCUGGCGUUAGGUCUGCCGGUUUCUGAACGGGGCGCGCUGGCAACCUCGCUGAGCGACGAGAAAGCUGGCGACGGCGCAGCCGGCCUAGCACGGCGACUAGCACUCGCUUUACAGCGUCCAGUUUGGGUGGCUGCAUCACUCCCCUUUGACCGUUUUUCAGCACCACUUAUUGCUCGCGGACUGGUUAAGGAGAUCAAGAGUCGCCCAGAUUUCUUCAAGGAGCCUUGAAGAUGUGGUAAAUAAGUGCUACAGCACUGUUUUGGGGAGAGAAGUGGGACUUUGGGAUGAAAUUCAUCUCUAUAUUAGGAGAGCAUUUUAUUGGUCUGUUGUCUAUGGAAGAAGAUAUUGUGAAUAUAACAAACUAAUUGUGAAUUUACAUUUAUCCAUUUUGACUGCUGUAAAUAAAUAUUCAUUAAUUGACUCUUAGCUAGCUGAAUCUCUGACUCCAAAUCUCCAAACCAAAUAAGUGAUCUCCAUAUAUUUUCCAUACAAUCUAGCUUGUGACAAGAAGGUGAAGUCCAGUGUGGCCCUCUGGUCAAAAAGUUUGGAAACUGUUCAAUUUCUUGUUAAGAUGUAAUGAGGGCUAACGCGUAUUGAAUUCGCCGCUAGGGGCGCUAGUGUAGAUGGUGGUUUUUCCAUAGUUCGAAAUGUCAAAUGUCACAUCAAUGACUGACAGCUGUUGUUUAGUCUUUUGGACCACCAUCAACAGAGGUGCCAACUGGUGAGCAAAAAAACGACAGCCCUCAUUGAAGAAUCAUAUAGGCAAUUAUCUAAUAAUAUAUUAAAUUAUAAAAAAAAGACUAAGCCUUUAUUCUAAAUUAAUGUGAUUUUUGCCCUUUUGGCACUGUAGCUAGAUUGAUAUUAUGUAUUAUGAAAUAUUUAAUACCUCCUUAUAAUAUUCAGGAUGUAUAUUGUAGUGUAUUAGAAACUAGACUAUUAUACUCUGUCUAUAUUAAUCUGAUACCUUAUGCAAUGUUUAAUGGAUAAUAACAGAUAAUUAAUAAAUACUUAAA